UAAUUACAAGGCUCUUGUAGCGUUAGGUAGCUUAGGACUUAAAAUUGUUUCACGUUAUAUUCAUGUUUAAGGAACUAUUUUAAUUGUAAGAUUGAUUCAAGAUCCUUAAAAGCAUUAUCAGUUUCGUCGAAACCUAUCAAAACGCCACUUGUUUCGCUAAAAAUAAAAGUUUGUCUUAGCUGUUAAUCACCGAGUUCGUUCGUAGUCUGAAAAUGACUGUCUAGAUUUAUGGCCUACCAAAAAUCUCCCCAGUGCAGGCAAUGAAUUGUAUGCUUAGUGCACAGUGGUCAGAUGAUGGCAAGUCCGGCGAUGUGUUUGUGUGUUUUGUGCGGGUUACCUGGCUCGGGGAAAUCCAGAUUGGCGCAGGCCGUACAUGGUUACAUUCAGAAGCAGGGGUGGCGGACUUUAAUCUUAUCAUAUGACGAAUUAAUACCAGAGAAUGCCUUUGAUCUCAACACAUCUGUGGGUGACGUUGAAAUCCUAUCAAAAAGGCAAACCAGAUGGAAGCAGCACAGGCAGGUUGUGUUGUCAUGUCUAGAGAGCUUCCUGCAGGACCCUGGUGCCCCCAGCCCAUGUCAUUCUGAUGGAGGAGUGCAGGAGCACUUUAAUCAGGCGGUCGAACAGCAAGAAGUCCUAGUGACACUACAGAAUACCUCUCAACCAGCACGCCUUGUACUGCUGCUGGAUGACAACUUCUACUACCAAAGCAUGAGAUAUGAAGUGUACCAGCUUGCCAGAAAGUACUCAAUUAGCUUCUGUCAAGUGUACCUGCAUUGUCCUGUGGAAGUGUGCUUCUACAGAAACCAGGACAGAGGGUUACCAGUAUCAGAUGAGAUCAUCAUGGAGAUGUCCAAACGCAUCGAGCCUCCAAACACAGCAAAAAACCACUGGGAAAAGAGCAGUCUGACUCUGAAUAGCACAGAGGACAUCACAGACAUAACUAUUCAAAAGCUGCUGCAGUUGUUUACCUCAGCACUGGAAAACCCUUUGAGUCCAGUUGAGGAUGACUCAGAACAGAGGGAGGCAGACAGAGAACAGUGUGCCUCGAGUGUGAUGCACCAGGCUGACCGGGCCUGCAGGCGACUGGUGACUCAGACUAUGCAGAUGGCGAGAGUGAAUAACAUGUCCCAUGAGGUCCUGAGUGCCCUGGCAAGUGAUCUGAGCAAGCAGAAGGGUUGUUUCCUUCGGGAGCUGAGGAGGCAUGUUCUCCAGGAGCUUCCCAGCCACAAAGGAGAGCUCGUGGACGUGGAGUGGCUGGUAAGCAGAGCCGUGGGAAUGUUUGAGCAGGAGAGAGAUGUCAUAUUGCAGAGACAUGGCAUUGGCACUAGAGCACAGAUUUCCUGAAGCUAAUUAUCACCAUCGUUGUCACAGUACUUUUUUUUAAUUACUAAUUGUUAAUGUAAGUUUACUUUGUUGUGAUUUGUUUCAAUGAAAUAUGUUCACAUUUUAUUCUGUGAAUAAGCUUUGCAUCAGGGUUUUUUGUUUUUUUUCCAUUUCCCGCAAACACUGGGCAACAAAAUGUGAAUUUUUUUUGCUUCCCAAAAUAAAAUACAUAGACCAUUUACUACAUUUUAUUCUGAAUUCGAAUUUGUUUUGAAAAUGUUUAUCACGUAUGGUUGUGUUUAAAUCUUACAUUAAUUAUAGUACUGUACUAUAGUAAUAUAUAAUUAAUGUAAGAUUUAUUGUAAUUUAUAGCAAUUAUAUUACUUAUUCAUAAAUGACUUACUAGAUCUAAAAUGUGUAAAAACAUACUUCUAAAAUGUAUGAGUUUUGCCUAUAUUUCGUCUCCAGAACAUCCCUGUUCAGUGUUCAACAGUAGUCUGCCAACAUAGAUGGAUCCUCUUUCCUUGGUACUGCUUUCCAAUACUAUACAUAAUGACAUGA